AUGGCACUCGCAACAGCAGUCGUGGCAGGUACAUCUGCUGCGGCAAUGUACCUCGAAGGCAAAUAUUCUAUAUUAAAAGAUAUGAAAGAAAGAUUAAAAAUGAGAAGAGUCAUGAAAUUGUACGCAGAAGCUGAAAAGAACAAACGAUUAUGCCUCUAUUACCUUUUCGAGGACAGCGUUAAAGCCCACCCGAACACAGAAUGUCUGUGGUCUCGUGAGGGAUGUUACACUUGGGCGGAAACUUAUGAUCGCGUAAAUCAGUAUGGACAGUGGUAUCUUUCUCAAGGUGUGAAGCCCGGCGACCUAGUGUCGUUAUAUCUCCAGAACUCUCCGGACUUUUUGUUCGCAUGGUUAGGGUUAUGGUCAAUCGGAGCUGCUCCAGCAAUGAUUAACCACAAUCUGGCUGGCAAAGCUCUGAUUCAUUGCAUCAAGGUGCCCAAGUCAAAGCUCAUCUUAGUCGACGAUGAUCUGGAACUGAGGGGUAGAAUUGAGGCGGAGCAAGCGACGUUGGAGGGUGAGCUUGGGAUUAAAAUUGUUGUUAUGGAUUCUUCUACGCUGUCGGAAAUUCGAAGUGGAAAGGCAGAAAGACCUGAAGAUGUCUACAGAGAGGGAGUGAAAGGGAACUCACCUUUAGGCUUAUUAUAUACUAGUGGAACUACAGGGUUGCCGAAAGCAUGUAAUUUUGAAGUCACCAGAGGAUAUAUAUCGGGUACUGUGCGAGCAGCAGGUGAAUCGGCAGUAAGGGACGAUGAUAGAUGGUAUAAUUGUAUGCCAUUGUAUCAUGGAACUGGCGGUAUCACUGCUAUCGCAAACCUGAUGGGUGGCAUCACGAAUUGCAUUGGCAAGAAAUUUAGCACAUCCAAGUUUUGGGGAGAUGUACGAGACUCAAGAGCUACGUGGUUCACUUACGUUGGAGAGACCGCUCGUUACUUGCUCGCUGCACCUCCCUCUUCACAAGACAAGAAUCAUUGCGUUCGUGUCAUGUAUGGAAACGGUAUGCGUCCAGAUGUAUGGAAUAAGUUCAAGGAUCGAUUUGGUGUGCCAGAAGUUUUGGAAUUUUUCAACAGUACAGAAGGGGUGUUCGCUAUAAUGAAUCACGCACGCGGAGACUACCUGGCUACUUGCGUUGGACACCAUGGUCUUAUCUCAAGAUGGCAGUUUCAUGACCUUUAUGUUCCCGUCAAGGUGGAUGAGGUUUCCGGUGCUAUUGCUCGAGAUCCGAAGACUGGCUUCGCAAUUCGUGAAUCGUUUGAGAAAGGUGGUGAAAUCAUCGUUGCUAUUUCGGAUACCAAAGCAUUUGCUGGUUACUUUGAUAAUCCAGAAGCGACAAACAAGAAGUACGAGAGAAAUGUGUUUAAGGCAGGGGAUCUUUACUACAGGAGUGGAGAUGCUUUGAGGAGAGAUAACGAUGGAAGAUGGUAUUUCUUGGAUCGACUAGGAGAUACAUUCCGUUGGAAAGGUGAGAAUGUCAGUACAGCAGAGGUUUCAGAGGUUUUGGGGAAUUACGAAGGUGUUGUCGAGGCUAUCGUCUAUGGUGUUCAAUUACCUUCUCACGAUGGUAGAGCUGGGUGUGCCGCGGUAUUCAUUGAUCCAAGUAUUAACAAUUUUGAUUUCGCUGGUCUUCUCAAACACACACGAAAACACCUCCCCAAGUACGCAGUUCCAGUCUUCCUGCGGAUCGUCAAAGAGAUGGUCCCAAUCCACAACAAUAAACAGAACAAAACACCACUUCGUGAGCAGGGUGUUGAUCACGAUAAAGUCAAGGCGGAUGACAAGCUAUUAUGGAUAGAGGAGAAGGGCAAAGGCAAUACAUAUGUGGAAUUUCACCGGGAUCAUUGGGCGGAAUUAGAGUUGGGAAAGGCAAUGUUGUAA